AUGCAACUCCGAUAUGAGCUGCUGUUCUGUGUUCUCGGCACCACUGCACUAGUAAACUUGGAACUUUUCGAAGCAGACGAAGUACAAGGUGCGAACUCCAAUUUAUGUGGACUAAUGAAAUUUGUAUACAGACAUGAUGAGUGGAUUCACUCACCAGACAAGACCACUUGUAUACAGUUAAUGUCAUAUUUGUCAUCUCGAGUGUGGCCGCAUGACAACCUCUGUGAAGCGGCUGCGCUGAUUUGUGCAUUCAACACGGGAGAGAGAACGGCAGAAAAAUCGAAAUUCAAGAAGAAUGGCAAGAAAGUGACGGCGAAUCGAGACGAAAAACAACAAAAUAAGGAAAAUAAUGAGAAAGAGACAGUGAAAGAAUUUCCGUUUUGGGUCUUUCUCAUGUUUAUCCCUUUGAUUAUCACCUUGAUCAUCUUUAUUUCUUGUUUUGUAAUCCAGAGACAUGGCUACAACAAGGCAGUUGCUGAAAAUAAGGAGGCGAAAAAAGAUGAAAAGUCAAGGAGUGGAUCUACAGAGGGGCAAGACCGCAAAAGCGCAGGAUUGCCUAUGUCAGCUUUGGACAUGGAGCUACCAAUAUUGGAUUACGCAGGGUUUAGGACUGAACCCAAUGGACCGACAUACGCGGUUAACGAGGAGCCACCGACCGUGUCGGAGGUCUUGGUCUGUAUUCAAAAAAUGAAGAAUGGAAAAUCUGGCGGAGACGACGGGAUUAGCACAGAAAUGCUAAAAUAUCUUCCUCCGUCUGGGAUUCGUGGGAUGACGAAGAUCAUCCGUUCAAUAUGGAUAGACGAAAGGAUGCCUGAUUCGUGGAGACACGCUAUCAUAAUCCCCCUCCACAAGAAGUUAUCCGUCACGGACCCCAGGAAUUAUCGAGGAAUCUCUUUGCUGCGUGUUAUGUACAAGGUAUUGGAGCGCAUUAUCCUGGACCGACUCAUUAAACAUCGCGAAGAAACAACGCGCGACGAGCAGGCUGGCUUUCCUCCUGGCCGAUCUAUUGACCAGGUGUUCAUCGUCAGGAGAGUGAUCGAAAUCUGGCAGUGGUAUUCGAAGCCAAUGCAACUAGCGUUUCUGGACUUUGAAGCCGCGUUCGACUCUCCUCACCGAGGCCGUCUACUCAACGCGCUGAGCGCCGAUGGAGUACCAAGAAAGUUCGUUCGCUUGCUUGAUGACAUGAAUCACCGAACAACUGCUGCAGUUCGAACACCAGCCGGAUGUACAACACCGUUUGAAGUGGUAACUGGAGUAAGACAAGGGGCAGUGGCAGGACCUUUCCUGUUCAGUUUCGCAAUCAACGGCAUUAUGCGAAGAACAGUCGACCAGAGUCCUGCCGACAUUGUCUUAGCACCAUCUGGGUGCCCCUUGACUGACCUCGCGUACGCCGACGAUGCUGUUAUAUUCGCGGAAAGCAGUACGAAACUUCAACAUGUUGUCAACCUUGUAUCGAAGCUGGCUGCAGCCUAUGGACUACGCCUACGCCCUGAUAAAUGCAAGCAAAUGUGGAUCUCUUCGAGACCACGAACGGGAAUCAGGGUGGACGGACAACCGAUAGAACUCGUCGAUGAGUUCUGUUACCUAGGCUGUACGCUGAAGAACAAUGGCAGCUACGAGAGAGAUGUUCAGCAAAGAUGCGCUAAGGCCACUUCUGCAUUUAAAUCAUUACAAAAUGCCUGUGGUCGACCCCCAUCACCAACGAAGUCAAGCUGCGAGUCUACCCAUCCGCAAUUCGCCCCAUCAUGA